AUUUUUAAUAAUGUCACAGAUCUCAAAAUAUUAAUUGCAAGGAAAGAUUGGAUCUGGAGUUUAUGGUGAUGUCUAUAAGGCAAUUAAUACAGAAACAGGGAAGGUUGUUGCAAUAAAGAAAAUUAAGAAGCAAGUUUUCUAUAAAAUUAAUUAUAGUCACAAGAUUAAGGGAUAUCUGCAGUUGCACUGAGAGAAACAUCUAUAUUACAAACAGUAUAAUGUGAAAAUAUAGUUAAGUAAGUAUUAAAAAUGAUAAAAGAUUGAUUGAAAUUGAAUAUGUUUAAGGAUGCAUUAGAUUAGUAAUGGAAUUCUAUGAUGUUGAUUUAGAUACAUAUUUGAAAUCAAAUAGAUUGGAAAUGAAUAAGAUUUAAGUAAUUGUGAUAAUUUUCUAAAUAGGAAAUAUUACAUGGAAUAUUGAAAGGGAUGAAUGAAUGUCAUAGAAAGAAAUGUAUGCAUAGAGAUUUGAAACCCUAAAAUAUAUUAAUUAGUAAGGAUGGUAAUAUUUUAUGGAAAUUCUAUUUUUAAGGUAAAGUUAAAAUAGGAGAUUUUGGGAUGGCUAGAUCUUUUCAAUAGAUUCCUGGAUCUUAUACAUAUGAAGUGAUUACACUAUGGUAUAGGCCACCAGAGCUAUUACUUUAGACUUCUUGUUAUACAACAGCUAUAGAUGUAUGGUCAAUUGGGUGCAUAUUUGCUUAAAUGAUUCUUAGAGCACCUUUAUUUGCUGGGGAUAGUGAAUUGUAAUAGAUGAUAUUGAUAUGUGAUAACAUAACUUUAAAUUAAGAUAAUGCUUAAGUUUUAUAGGUAUCUCUAUUUCACUUAUUUUUAGAAUAUUUUAUUUUAAAAUUAAUUGGAGUAGAAGCUAGAUUAAAAGUUUAUGAAUACAAUUAUUACUCAAGAUGGUUUAGAUUUGUUAAAAGUAAAAAUUACAAAUUAUUAGUUCAGAAAAUGUUAUAAUUGAAUCCUGCCAAUAGAAUUUCUUGUCAUGAAGCUCUAAGACAUGUAAUCAAUGCUUAUUAUUAUUUAAGCCAUUUUUUAAUAAUUUUUAAGAACCUGAUGUUAUAAAUUAAAAUAUGGAUAUAUUGUCAGCGUAUUUUAGAGUGUAAUAAUGA